UUCAAUAACUCAAAGGUAGUUUGUCACCACUGCUGAAAAAGUUGUUGCCUACUCAGACAGAUUAUUGCAAGAAUCUUGCUGUAUUCCAAAAUUAGUGAAAAAUGACCAACCAGGCUCUUCAUGUCAACACUGACAAGUGGAUUGCUGAAAAUGAGAAUUCAUUUCUACCACCUGUAUGCAACAAAUUAAUGUUCUUUUAUCAACUGAAUAUUAUGUAUGUUGGAGGUCCAAAUGCAAGGAAGGAUUAUCACAUUGAGGAAGGGGAAGAGCUCUUUUACCAGGUGAGGGGCGACAUGGUUUUGAAAGUGAUAGAGGACGGCAAGCAUAAAGACAUACACAUUCGAGAAGGAGAGAUGUUCCUGCUUCCAGCACGGAUUCCCCACUCUCCUCAGAGAUACGCAAACACAGUAGGGCUGGUCGUGGAGAGGAAGAGGCUUCGCUCUGAGACAGAUGGCCUCAGGUACUUUGUGGAUAAUAGUACAGAUGUCUUGUUUGAACGUUGGUUCUACUGUGAGAACCUGGGAACCCAACUUGUUCCCAUCAUCAAAGAGUUUAUGGAUUCCAAACAGAAUAAAACAGGAAAGCCUGAUCCAGCUGAGCCCAUCAAGCCAGCCCCAUACCCACUCAGCACAGUGAAGGUGAUGGCACCGUUCAGCUUCAGAGAGUGGAUGGAAAAGCAGAAGCCUGCCCUGGCCAGUGGUCAGCCGGUGGAUAUGUUUGGAGCACAGUUUGAGACUGAGACGUUUCUCUUUGGUCCUGGGACAUCUGGAACCUCUAGGAGAAAAACUGAUGGCUGGAUCUGGCAGCUGGAGGGGUCCUCCAGCGUCUUCAUGAAUGGCAAGGAGUACAACCUGUCCAUAGGGGAUUGUCUUCUUAUUUUUGGAGAGACAGAGUAUCAGUGGAAACGAUCACAAGAUUGUGUCGCAUUGUAUAUUGCCCAAGACCCAGAACGAAAGAGACCCUACUGAGACACAUCAACAGACAUGAGCACUUCUUUAGGAACAAAUCCAUCAACAGUUUUAAUAAUGACACUCUUUCGAAUGCAGUUUUUAUUAUGUACCAGCAUAGUAUCAUGUUCACAAUAUUCACACAUUAUUAGACAAAACAUAUGUUCUUUGUAUUAAGUAACUAAACUCUUAAAUUGCUUUAAACAUUCUAUACAUGACAAAGUGCAAGUCGAUAAAAAAAACUCUUGAAAAGGUUUUUAAAUACUAAUAAUAAUGAAAGUAAUGGUAAGUCUGCAUCAUAAUUAGUACUAUUGCUUGAUUUAAUUUAAUUUCUUUAAAUAUCUAACGUGUCUUUCUGUCAUACUGUCAUACGUAACUGACUGGCUACAGUGUUGGUACUCAAGGUAUCAAAAAUGUAAAAUGGAAUGGUCCAGUUUUGGUGCUACGCAGCAGUUUUAUAAAGCAUAAAAGCUAGGGUAGUGUUAGGUAAUGUGUGGUUAAAGCGAGCUAGUAUAUUUGGCAGCUAUUCAGCACACUUGGCAACACUGUGAUAGAAAUGGAGGUAAACAUGCGAGAUGUGGUUCACUGCCCUCAAUUCAUUGAAAAGCAGGGCUGUAGCAGUGAAACAUGGCAUAACAAACAGAGCAAACAGAAAUGGUGAGCCUUUAGACCUGACAGUUUUAUUCCAACACUUGUGUAAGGCUGAUUAUUUGCUGCCUAACGUAACAUUGCUGAGGUACCAGAGCUGGUUCCAUACCAAAGCCAGAAUUUUGGUAUUGUGCCAACCAUUCUUGCCUGUAGUGACAGUUAUUAAACACAUAAAAGGUU